CAAUCAUGAUGUCCGGUUGAUCGUUCCUUCCGCGCUUUUAUGGCAGUGACUUUUAACCCUAGUCAGGAAAGAGCGUCCCCGUCCCACCCCAUUGCCACCCCUAACGCAAAUUAAUAGAUUGGUGAUGUCCCAAUAAUUUAGUAGGGAGUUAUUGUGAACUAAAUUGUGAAAAGAAGUUAUUGCAGAGAAGGCAACAUAAUUCCCAAAUUCCAAAUUGGGUCAGACAUGCAUCUUCCUUCAAACAGUGAAUGGCAGUUACACUCGAUCUUCAUGAUGCUAUGAAUCAUAUGCUUUAUGCUUUCACCAAACCAAUCUAACUUUCAAACUUUGUAAGCCAAUCAACCACCAUUUCGGUCCACGCUCCCUUUUUUUUCUCGAGAAACAAACACAUGCUCUUCAGCUCUACUACGCUCAGCCUUCCCUUUCACCACCACACCGCUCCUCCUCCUUUCGGAGACUUAUCCGUCUCGAGUCACGUCGGAGAGAUCUGUUACCGGCGGCGAUGGCUAGGUGCAGCUGGUGUUGCUUGCACUAUUCGUUGAAAACGGUGAACCUCAUCAUGACUUUCCUGGGGAUCGCAAUGAUCGUGUACUCACUUUGGCUCCAAAAGAUGUGGAAUCUGGGAGCUGCUCAAUUGCCCUCUUAUCCGUCUCUGCGUAAACCAUGGUUCGUAUAUACAUGUUUAGGUGUGGGAAUGGCACUCUGUUUGAGGACACUCUUCGGUUACAUCGUCGCUAAUUGCAUCAACAGCAAUAUCCUCUGCUUUUACAUUAUCAGCAUCUGUUCCCUUCUCUUUCUAGAAGUUGCUGUGAUCGUCACAAUUUUCUUCAAGUAUGACUGGUUUUCGCUAUUUUCUAAAUACAUUGAUGAGAGGCAUGAAGAUUUCAAGACCUUUAUUGUCUUCCAUGAGGAGAUUUGUCAGCUCAUUGCUAUCUUGAUUUUAUCACCGCAGGUUAGUGUUGUGGCUUUAGCAAUAGUAUUAUGGAGUGUGGGCAUUGAAAGAAUCUCAGAGAGGCGGCACUUAGAGAUACCCGAUUUCACCACAUCUUUCCUGGUGGGAACGGGGUCUGCCUUUCUCAAUCACACCACUCUCAUUUGUGGCAGAUGUGAGGUUCUACGUACUGGGAAUCCAACAACACAAGGCUUGUUUUCAUAUAUUAUGAUGACUCUCAGAAUGCAAUUCCAAACAAGACCUAUAAAGUUUUGUUACAAUAAUAACACAAACGUUCUGAAUCAUUGAGGGGAAAGAGAAGAGAGAGAGAGCGAUGAAGAAUCUAUAUAUGCACUUGGUACAAUCAUUUUUAUCAAUUUAAUUAAUUAGAUCCGUUCUCUUUUCGACAAUAAAUGGAAGAAUUAUGAAAAGAGAAAAGAUGGCAUACAUGUAUGAAUAUGAACUACAAACACAGGAGACUUUUAGU